GCCUCAUUCGCAGCGAAUUGGGAUGAACCAGAUCCCUGUCUACCUCAUAGCAACCCAAAUUCCAGGUGGCCGUUUCAGGAGUCCCUUACCUCCGUCUGUUGUCUAUGGCGAGAGCUGAUGGCAAGCGUUUCCACCUUCUGGACAUGUCUCGUUAUCUGGAUCGACGAGGACCCUCCACAGCUUGCAAGAAUCCGUGACUAUGUUACCUGGUCGCGAGACCGCCUCAUCGACAUUUACAUCCUACGAAGAGAUGCCCCCGGCCCGCGACCGCAUACAAAGAGGGAUCCUACAGAGAAAGCUCACGUAAAAGCCGUCAUGGACGUGCUUUCCCCGCAUGUGAAGAGAUGGCAAACUCUUCGCGUGCGACUUCUCCAUUCCAGCUCACUUCCACUCCCUCGCGUCGAUCUUGUUGGGUGCGCGGACGAGCUGAUAUUGCUCAGGCUCAGCUCCGUGAUCGACGACACCGUCGCAAGCAUUGAAGCGGCGCCAUCCCUGGUUGGCGAGUUCCACGCCCCCAAGCUCUUGUGGCUCUACAUGGGCGGUUUCCCCUUCCGCGAGGUGUACGUGAAGCCGUUUCCUCGGUUACCACUGCCACCUCGCCUCGACGGUGUUUAUCUGCUGGAGUACGACUCGCAUCACCCGCCUUUCCCGCUCGUCGACCUCUUGAGCUGUCUCGCCAGCUGCAACGGUCUCUAUAAAGUCCAGCUCGCCAAUCUGAAACUGGACUGCUCAUAUACCGGACCACCCAUUUUGGAAUCGACUAUGACUUGGGAUGUCAUCGACUUCAUCGAUAUGACGGGCAACAUCAUCUCGGAGUACAACCGACUCCUCGAUUAUUCGUACGCCGAGAUGGCGUCGUACACGCGGUGCUCGAUGGAUACACCCGCUCAACUUGGAGACUCGUACGUAAUCAGCAUGGAAGGAAUUGUAAAUGCGAUGACACUGUUCAGCCUCCUCGCGGGUGCGCAGGGCCAGGACUCGUGCCGCCGGGCCUGGUUCAUUUCAUGCGACGGCUUGUGCUCGGAGAUCAUACGUGCGCUUGCCAUGCCAAUACCGACACCUUUGGGAGAGUUCUGGGUCUGCCGGUACCUCAAGGGGCUCACGAUCGUCGGAUGCACGCCAUCAGGAAACCCCCCCUGCGCGAAUGUGGCGCGAAUCGGCGCCAAAUCGCCACGGCGCGCCUGUCGUUGCGAACGGCUUGUAAAUCGGUGCGAAUGCCUCCCAAACAAACUGAAAUACGUUCAUGUACAUACACGUCGAGAAUUGGUAUGUACAUCAGAUGUUUUGUUCAGUUUUGAUUACAAUACACAGUCCAUAUGUACAAAUGUACAAGUCCAGACAACUCGUCUGGCUCUGUUCCAUUGUUAUCGGUCAUUUACAUACGUUCAGCAGCCGCGCACACGUUCGGUGGCCGUGUCUGAGUGCUCCCGGUUGCCGUGCCCGCGUGCCCACCAGAUUUCCUGCCUGCCAACCCUUGAAUUAUCCUGUCUGCCUGCCUCACCUUCCACUUUCCCAUUCGUCCGUGUACGUGCCCGUGAUCCACCCGUCGGCUGCAUUUUCAUGCGGGGCAUUCGCCCAGCGUGCCCAUGGUCGGCGCAUGUGUCGACCGUGCUUAUUGACGUGUGUGCUGUCCGUACGGUCAGCUCGCUCGCUCCGAGGCUCACACGGCCUCCACUCACCUUCACCCGCCCGUCCAAGUUUGUUCAUGCGCAUCCUUCGCCCGCUCACCCGCCCGUAUGCUGACCUCCCAGCUCCCCUGCUCGUCCUCCCGCUCGCGCGUCCGGUAGUCCACACACCCGCGAAGUCUCGUCUUUUUGUUCGCUCGUACCUGCUCGUGGGCCGUGUCUGCGUGC